AUGUAUUCAGACUUCUAUUCUAUCCUUUCAUGGCUCCUCCUCUUCAUCAUCUCUAUUGCUUCUGCUUCUCGUAUUCUUAAAACAAAGAAGAAAUCAGUAAUUGGCAGAGACAAACUUCCACUAAACCCUCCAAAGCUUCCCAUAAGAUGCAAAAUGCAUCAGAUGGGCAAAUUGCAUCACCAAGAACUAUGGAAACUCGACCAAAAAUAUGGUCGUGUAAUGCUACUACAGCUAGGAAACAUCCCAACAUUAGUCAUUUCAUGGCUAAACAAAUCGACAGAACAGUCAUUCCACCAUGAAAGGGAGUUUGAGGUUGGCCGGUUGAUUGAUUGUUUAUCAGCAGCCUCGCCAUAUUCAGUUAAUCUUGAUGAGAAAAUGUUUGAUUUGGUUGGUGGAGUUGGUGCAGUUGGUAAAAGCUAUAAAGGGAAAGGAUUCGAUGGCCGGGAAGUAGAAGAUAUUCCUGAUGAAGAUACGGAUAUGGCGAAUAGUUGUUUCCGCAGAGGACUUCUUCCCAUUCUUUGGGCGGAUUAUAGAUUCUGUAACUGGACACCGAGUGAAGGUGGAUAG